AUGUGGCUGGCAAGGUCAUUGCCAUGGGCAUUGGCCGCCCUGGUCUGGGGAGCGUCACCAGCGAGGGCGGAAAAGACCGCAGCCGACUACUAUGUACACUCGCUCCCUGGGCAGCCAGAUGGCCCUUUGUUGAAAAUGCAUGCUGGUCAUAUUGAAAUCACUCCGGAGCACAAUGGACACCUCUUCUUCUGGCACUAUGCAAACCGACAUAUUGCAAAUAGGCAACGGACGGUAAUCUGGCUGAAUGGAGGCCCAGGAUGCAGCUCUAUGGACGGAGCACUGAUGGAACUGGGUCCAUACCGGGUCAAAGAAGGUGGGAAACUUGGAUAUAAUGAGGGCUCAUGGGACGAAUUCGCCAAUCUGUUGUUCGUGGACAACCCCGUGGGCACGGGAUUCAGCUACGUCAACACGGACAGUUAUCUGCACGAACUGCAAGAGAUGGCGGAUCAGUUUGUCAUCUUUCUGGAAAAAUGGUUCGCACUAUUCCCGCAGUACGAAGGCGACGACAUAUACUUCGCCGGCGAGUCCUAUGCCGGCCAGCACAUUCCUUACGUGACGAGGGCCAUACUCGAACGCAACAAGAAAGCGCGUACGGAGGGAAAGCACACGUGGGACAUCAAAGGUCUUCUGAUUGGGAACGGAUGGAUCUCGCCAGCGGAGCAAUACCAGUCAUACCUCCCAUUCGCGUAUCAGGAAAAUCUCAUCCAAGGCGGAACACCCGAAGCCCAAAGAGUCGAGGCCUCUCACACCCGCUGUAUAGCCGAGUUAGGCAAGCCGGGUGGAACCGAGAAGGUGGACGUGAACGACUGCGAGACGGUCUUGUCCAUGGUUCUGGAUGUCUCGAAGCGAAACGGCAAGUGCUACAACAUGUACGACAUCCGACUCCAGGAUAACUGGCCGUCUUGUGGCAUGGCCUGGCCUCCGGAUCUAGACACUGUGACGCCCUACCUGCGCCGACAAGAUGUCAUUGAUGCGCUGCAUAUCAACCCUGACAAACGUACUGGAUGGACCGAAUGCUCCGGAGCGGUAUCGUCGGCGUUCCGCGCGAGGAACUCGAAACCCAGUAUCCAGUUAAUUCCCGGAAUUCUGGAGGCCGGAGUUCCCAUUUUGCUGUUCAGCGGGGCCAAAGAUAUGAUUUGCAACCAUCUGGGCACCGAGGACCUGAUCAACAACAUGAAAUGGCUCGGGGGCACCGGCUUUGAGAUUUCUCCCGGAGUAUGGGCACCCAAGCAGGAUUGGGAGUUUGAGGGCGAGCCAGCUGGCAUCUAUCAAGAAGCGAGGAACCUCACCUAUGUUUUGUUUUACAAUGCAAGUCACAUGGUGCCAUUCGAUUGGCCUCGUCGCAGCCGGGAUAUGCUGGACCGAUUUAUGGGAGUCGACAUUGCCAGUAUCGGCGGCAAACCAGCUGAUAGCCGGAUUGGCGGUGAAAAGGCUGGCAGUGAGACGAGUGUGGGAGGCCACCCGAACAGCACUGUCGCGCUUGAAGACGAAAAGCAAAAGGUCAAAGAAGCCGAGCUCAAGGCAUAUUAUCGCAGUGGCGAGGCUGCGUUGGUAGUGGUGCUCAUCGCUGCCGGACUGUUCGGUUGGUGGGUAUGGAGAGGAAGACGAAGAGUCCGGGGUCUGGGAUAUCUCAGCGUGCCGCUGGCCGCCGGGUCAAUGGGGAAAGGGGGUGAUGUGGAAGCGGGAGACUUCGACGACAACGAACUGGACAAUCUCGAAGCCAGUCAUCGACACAGAAAUUUGGAUGCAGAGCCUUACGAUCUGGCUAGCGACAGUGACAGUGACGAUGAGGAUAUCGGACACCGGGCAGGAACCAAGACCAGGGAAGCAGGGCAUAUGUAA